ACCCAGUGUCAGUCGGCCUUUACUUUGUUCAUCCCCAUUCCAUCUUUCUCUUUCUUUUCUUUUACUUAACCUGUUGCAGGCUCUUCUUUCUCUCUUUUUCAGUCUCUGAUUCAUCGAUCGACCACCACUCAUGACUCUGAUGACUCCUCCACCGUUAGAUCAACAGUAGCCUCAGCCUCAGCCGCAGCCGCAACAGGAGGAUGAUGAGAUGUUAGUUCCGAACACCGACUUGCUCGAAGGCCUUCAGCCCAUGGAAGUAGCUCAAGCAGAAACCACAAGCACAGUGGAAGCUCAGGCCAUGGAUGAUCCACCAUCUGCGAGGUUCACUUGGACAAUUGAUAAUUUCUCAAGGCUUAAUACAAAGAUGCUCUACUCUGAUGUGUUUUUGGUUGGAGGCUACAAAUGGCGAAUACUGGUCUUCCCAAAGGGGAACAAUGUCGAUUAUUUGUCUAUGUAUCUAGAUGUUGCAGAUUCAACGAUUUUGCCUUAUGGCUGGAGUAGAUAUACCCAGUUCAGCUUGUCUGUUAUCAACCAAAUCCAUAAUAAAUACUCAAUUAGAAAAGAAACACAGCACCAGUUCAAUGCACGUGAGAGUGAUUGGGGUUUCACUUCAUUCAUGUGUCUUGGUGAACUUUAUGAGCCUGGUAGAGGUAAUCUUGUGAAUGACACAUGCAUAGUUGAAGCUGAUGUUGGGGUACGUAGAGUUGUUGAUUAUUGGUCACAUGACUUGAAGAAGGAGACUGGUUUUGUUGGACUUAAAAACCAGGGAGCUACAUCCUACAUGAAUUCUCUUCUUCAGACUCUGUAUCAUAUACCUUACUUCAGAAAGAAUGUGUAUCAUAUGCCAACCACCGAGAAUGAUAUGCCGACGGGGAGCAUCCCUCUGGCUUUGCAGAGUUUAUUUUACGAGCUCCAAUACAGUGACACUAGUGUAGCAACAAAAGAGCUGACAAAGUCUUUUGGAUGGGACACAUAUGAUUCAUUUAUGCAGCAUGAUGUGCAAGAACUUAAUAGGGUUCUUUCUGAAAAGCUGGAAGAUAAAAUGAAGGGAACUGUUGUGGAGGGUACAAUACAGCAGUUAUUUGAAGGGCACCAUAUGAAUUAUAUUGAAUGCAUCAAUGUGAACUAUAAGUCAACAAGAAAAGAAUCAUUUUAUGAUCUUCAGCUUGAUGUCAAAGGUUGUCGGGAUGUUUAUGCAUCUUUUGACAAAUAUGUGGAAGUGGAACAUCUUGAGGUUGAUAAUAAGUAUCAUGCUGAACGGUAUGGUUUACAGGAUGCUAGGAAAGGUGUUUUGUUCAUUGAUUUUCCGCCUGUCCUUCAACUUCAGCUAAAAAGGUUUAUGCGGGAUACCAUGGUAAAGAUAAAUGACCGCUAUGAGUUCCCUUUGGAACUUGAUCUUGAUAGAGAGAAUGGAAAAUAUCUAUCGCCAUAUGCAGAUAAGACUGUUCGCAACCUCUACAUUCUUCACAGUGUUUUGGUUCACAGUGGUGGGGUGCAUGGUGGACACUACUAUGCAUAUAUCAGGCCAACCCUAUCUGAUCAGUGGUUUAAAUUUGAUGAUGAACGAGUGACAAAAGAAGAUGUUAAGAGGGCACUAGAGGAGCAGUAUGGUGGUGAGGAAGAGUUGCCAUCGGCAAAUCCUGGGUUCAACAACUCUCCAUUUAAGUUUACUAAAUAUUCAAAUGCAUAUAUGCUUGUAUAUAUACGUGAAAGUGAAAAGGAGAAAAUAAUUUGUAAUGUGGACGAGAAGGACAUUGCAGAACACCUUAGGAUAAGGUUGAAGAAAGAACAAGAAGAAAAGGAGCAAAAGAGAAAGGAAAAAGCAGAGGCACACCUCUACACCAUCAUAAAGGUUGCACGUAAUGAGGACCUACUUGAACAGAUUGGAAGGGAUAUAUAUUUUGACCUUGUAGAUCAUGACAAAGUUCAUAGUUUUCGUAUUCAAAAGCAGAUUUCGUUUAACCUUUUCAAGGAAGAAGUUGCCAAGGAGUUGGGUAUACCAGUGCAAUUUCAACGGUUUUGGCUUUGGGCAAAACGCCAAAACCAUACAUACAGGCCAAAUCGACCACUGACACCUCAGGAGGAAGCACAAUCAGUUGGACAGUUGAGAGAAGUUUCCGAUAAGGCAAAUAAUGCAGAACUUAAGUUGUUUCUAGAAGUAGAACUUGGGCAGGAUUUGCAGCCUGUUCCUCCUCCUGAAAGGACGAAAGAAGAUAUUCUGCUAUUCUUUAAGCUAUAUGACCCAUCGAAAGAGGAGCUCCGAUAUGUUGGGAGGCUUUUUGUUAAGGUUAGUGGUAAGCCAGUGGAAAUAUUGCCAAAACUAAAUGAAAUGGCUGGAUUCAGUGCUGAUGAAGAAAUUGAACUUUAUGAGGAAAUAAAGUUUGAACCUGCUAUCAUAUGUGAAUGCAUUGACAAGACGUUCACUUUCCGUGUGAGUCAGCUCGAAGACGGGGACAUUGUUUGCUUUCAGAAAUCUCCUCAAGUUGGAAGCAGUGAUCAAUAUCGCUAUCCAGAUGUUCCUUCAUUCUUGGAUUAUGUGCAGAAUCGUCAGGUUGUAGAAUCUGUUCCCCGGGCUCAAACCAAAACAAAAGUCACUCCUUCCACCCAAGAGGCUUCUGUACAAGAAAUGACUUCUAAUGAGAAAACAGAAUCCAAUGCUGAAAGCGGAGAUUCAAAUCGAGUGUAUGUCGAAAAUCCUCAGAAGAAAGAAGACUUUGCAAGAGCUACUUCCAAGGACCAAGAGGGUGAAAGCACCCAGACAGACUCUGAUCCACUGUUCUCAUUACUUUCUCCUGAUUUGAGAGCAACAUGUUCUCAGUUGCUCUCAAAAUAUCCUGAGAUGAUGAAGGAUACUAACAAGUGGACACUGUCUCUUAGGGGCUUUCUUUUGGGGCAAAUUGGGUUUGUAGUGUCCCAACUACAAUCAAAAGGCAAAGAGAAUUGUCUAGAUCUUCCCUUUGAUGCCUUCCUUUCCACACUAAGUGAGGCUGAGGGCUUAAGUGUCAAUGUCGGUUGGUUAAAGAGCCGUGUCACUACAUUGAGGGACUUAAAGAAGGCUGGAUCCUCUGUUCAUUCUUCCUUGUCCUCACUCCGCGAGUUGAGAGCUAAAGAAAGCUCUUGUAUCAACAAAGCGAAGGAAACAGAAUCAGCUUUAGAGGUACAUGGCACUUCAAUCACUCAGCUCCAAGAAUCUAUUAACAGACUUAAAGUGGAAUUGACAUCCAAGCAAGAAGUUAAUUCUGCCCUUCAGGCUCAGUUAGAAGGUGUCACAGCAGAACGCAGUUAUUUAAGGAAAGAAAUUGAAAAGUUGGAAGGUGAGCUAGGAGCUCUGAGCCACCCAGACUUCUCUUUUGAAAAUAUUAGUUCUCUCACAAACAUUAUUUAAUUUUCAAGUUGUAAUAUUUUAUGGUCUUAAAAGGCCAUUUGAUUGUAUUAUAAACUUUUCUAUGCUUUAUUUAGUUAGGAUAUUAAACUUUGCAUGCAUAUCAUAAACAGUAGAAUAUAAAGUAACUGAAUAGAAAGACUUUGUUU